UGUGCAGACUGCGCCUCCAAAGCAUCUCAAAUGUGCAAAAAGGAAGAAUUGGCUCUAACAAUUUCACUUCAUCAGCACAAUUCUUUGUCACGAUGCUCCGAAAACCUGAACUUUGCAUCCUUCAGAAGACGGAUGCAACGGAAUCGAUUAACUCGCACUUGAUCGCCAUUUGGAGAUCCAUUCCCAGCCUCCGUCGUAGCGAACAUGUGACCGUCGACCCAAUUUGCGACUGCUCAAUUCAGAUUUUGCGGGUUUGCACGUGUGGAGCGUUGGGUGUGGAGUGUCAGGCUACAUGGAUAGAGCAGUACUGCCUUGCGCAUGGCUUCCAGCUUCAUCUCCUCCCUCAUGAUCGACUGCGAGACUGUGGCGGCAAUUCGUUAAAGCUUCGGAGUCCCGUUCGAGGUUUUUGGGCUCAGGGUGUCCAGGGACAGGCACAGUUUCCAUCAGUUUCGAUCUUGAGAGGUCUCCUACUAGAUGUCGAUGGAGCGGGAUAGUGUCCACAGCUGGACAUGAUACCAGCAUGUGGGUUUACUGCGCUACGUAACUUUCUGUUUUAUUUAUUCUUAAUUAUGGGUGUACAAUCGAGCUGCCGUGUUGUGGGGUUUUCUAUGUCCACCGAACAGUAACUUAGCACCAUUGACAGACAUCCUACAUUGGCAGACAUUCAUUGAGAGGCCGCACAGAAAGAUUCCUAAGUUAAAUAUGAACAUAAAUAUACAUGAAUGCUUAAAUU